UGGCAAGAAGUUCAAAAUUGCUCACCAAGACUCUAUGUUGAACCCGUCCCUACAUCUCAUCCAUGCAUCAGAUAUGCUAAUAUUAAAAGAUCAUGCAAUGGAACCUAUGCUUUAUGCUAUCAGUUUCUGUGGCACUUAUAUCAUAAUAAACAUAUAUUGGUUUUAAAAGAUGAAAAAGUACCAAUUAUUAAUGGUCAACCUCCACAACAAACCUUCAACAAGCAAACACCUCAACCUAAAAUUUUACCAUUACCUGAAUUUGAAAUAACUUUACCACCAGCUGGUCCUAGUUUUGCUGAAAGAAGUGCUAGAGAAAUAUCCAUAAAAGCCAAAGUUUGUAAAAUAGUAGGAAAUCCUUAUAAAGAAUUAACUAUGGAAAUAGAUACUCAAUCUGAUGUAACAUGGAUUUCUUUAGCACUGUUUAAUUUUUUAAAUCUUGAAAAAAUUGAUCUUGAUGAAGAUGAAUUAAUUAUUGGACAUGGUAAUGCUGUAAUUCCUGUGUAUUGUGCAGCAUUACUAUAUUUAAAAAUUAAUAAAAUUAAAGUAUAUACUAAAGUAUAUGUAGAUAAAAAUAUAGAACAAAUAGGUGGGUUAAUUGGAAAAGAUAUAAUUAAAGCCAUGAAUAUGAAUAUUCUAACUAAAGAAGGAGUAGUUACCAUAACAUAUAAUGAUCAAACUUUUAGUGUACCUAUGUAUAUUGGUAAAAAAACCGAUAAUUUAUAUAUUGAACUCUCUGAUCAUGAAUAA